AUGGGGCUGGAGAGUGAAGACACUCGAGAUUCACUGAUAUUUGGUGACGUGGCACAGUACCUCACAAAAAGGGAGUGGUUGAGGCUGGACCCUGAGCAGAGGACGCUGGCAUUUUACGGCAACGUGACUUCUGUGGAAAGCAUCUUGGCGACCCAACACCAGACGAAGGGUGAAGACGCCCAACCACAGGAGAUGGCAUCCAGGAGCUCCUCGAGGGCCAGUGAGCCCAAACCUGAGGUCAAACAGAAUGGGGACUCUAAGGGGAGGGGAGGGAACCCCCAGAAUCUGCCUGUAGAGCAUUACUUUGCGUGUAAAGAGUGUGGGGAUGCGUUUCGGCUGAAGGUCCUCCUUGUGCAGCACCAGAGAAUUCACAGUGAGGAGAAGGGCUGGGAGUGUGGGGAUUGCGGGAAGGUCUUCAGGGGGGUCUUUGAGUUCAAUGAGCACCGGAAGAGCCACGUGGCUGUAGAGCCCCGCCCCGGCCCAAGCCAGGCCCUGGAUGAUGCCACGGAAAAGAGGGAGCAAAUGGAGGAGGAGGCAAAGCCCUUCGAGUGUGAGGAAUGUGGGAAAAGGUUUAAGAAGAACGCAGGCCUUAGUCAACAUCUGCGUGUCCACAGCAGAGAGAAGCCCUUUGAUUGCGAGGAGUGUGGGCGAUCCUUCAAAGUGAACACCCACCUCUUUCGCCAUCAGAAGCUGCAUAUUUCAGAAAAGCCCUUUGCCUGCAAGGCCUGUAGCAGGGAUUUCCUGGAUCGCCAAGAGCUUCUCAAGCACCAGCGAAUGCACACCGGCCACCUGCCUUUCGACUGUGACGACUGCGGCAAGUCCUUCCGAGGGGUCAAUGGCCUGGCCGAGCACCAGCGCAUCCACAGCGGUGCCAAGCCCUAUGGGUGUGCCCACUGUGGCAAGCUGUUCCGGAGGAGCUCAGAGCUCACUAAGCAUCGGCGGAUUCACACAGGCGAGAAACCAUACGAGUGCGGCCAGUGCGGGAAGGCCUUCAGGCAGAGCUCCAGCCUCCUGGAGCACCAGCGCAUCCACACGGGCGAGCGGCCCUACGCGUGUGGCGACUGCGGCAAGGCCUUCCGGGGCCCCUCCGACCUGAUCAAACACCGGCGGAUCCACAGCGGACUGAAGCCCUACGAGUGUGACAAGUGCGGGAAGGCCUUCCGGAGGAGCUCAGGCCUGAGUCGCCAUCGGAGAACCCACAGUGGAGCCAAACGCUGUGAGUGCAGUGAGUGUGGCCGCGUGUUCAAGAGGCGAUCCUCGCUGCAGAAGCAUCAGCCAACCCAUCAUGAGUAGAUGAGGCCCGCAGACCCUUGUCUGUCCAUGGGUCCCUGUUCCCCCUACAAUCCCCCAGCCUAGAGUGGAAUGGCAGAGUCAAAGGAGAUGAACAGUUUUGUAGCGCUUAUAUAUUUUAUUGUCAGAAAGGUUGAAACCAAUUUAUACUGCCACCAGCAAUUUAUAAGUGUACAUUUCCCAUUUUGCCUCUCGAGAGUAGCUUUGUCCAUUUUAAUUUAUUUCAGCUAGUUUAUCUGGCAUCAGAUAUCUUCAAGGUAUUUAAAUCUGCAGGCCUUGAAUCUGAGAAUGUGAGGAGAAACCUGGAUGUGGGGCUGGAGGGUGGCUUGUUGGUCCUCCCCUCUGAGCUCCCACCUCAGGGAAACUGACACAGCUAUUCAGUGAUGGUGUCAACAUAAUGUGAGCCCAACUUUCCCGAAGAAAAGAUUGCCCCAAAGUCUUUUGGCCUACUUGAAUCUAUAAAUUUUUAGGGAUGUAAAUAGAAUACUCAAAUGUGUCAUAAUGUUUAACUUAUUUAGUUACACAUACAUAUUAUAAAUCACAUAUUAUAUAGAAUAAUAUAUUAAUUUAGAAAAUAUUCCCCUUUCCCCCCCACACUCGGCUCCAUAUCAUUUUGUUCUAACUCCUCACGUGCAUUUCUGACCUCACUAGCCUUGGAGCCCCUUUUGAGUCAUCAGUUUCAAAGCACAUCAAAUGGUUUCCAUCCAUUCGAGCUGUGUUCCAUGUAGCAUUGUGACAAGGCUCUCACUAGAAAUUUCCUCCCAAAUCAUAAGUACGUGUCCAUGUAAGAUUAGGACAGUUGUUUUUAAAAAUUGUCUCAUAACUUUACAAUAUAACCACUCAAGGUGUUCCUUUUUUAAAUGACCUUUCAAAGCCUUUUAAGCAUCUAAAACUUGUCAUUGUGAGGUCAUACUCCUAGGUUCCAUUUCUUUUGUGUCCUUUUUUCUGAAAUCAAUUCUAUCUGGUGAGUCCCACUCAUACACAAAACUACCAUGGUUGGAGUUUGCUUCAGGCUAAUGAGUCGUCCUUAGCAGCACUAUCUUGUUCAAAAUCAAGUAGUUGAGAGAGCAUCCCCAUAGUAACAGGGACAUCAAGGACUCAAGUAUAAGGUGACACCUCCUUUUCGAGAACAAUUGCCUGUCAUCUAAUGGGACCUAGAUGUUACUUCUCAACCCUCAGUUCCGGCUCUAUAACAGAGAUGAUCACAGGACUACCUCCUGGGGUUAUGGUGAGGACUGUGACACCACGCCCUGAAUGGAGAGACACUCAGUGAAGGGCAUCUGCUGUCAUCGUCAUAGUUAUUGCUGUCAUUCUAUAGCUCAUUAGUACCAGAACUGGGGAUGGACCCAGGCCUUCUGACUCCUAGUCUCAUCUUCUUUCUCAUGCAGUGACUUAAAUACUGUUUCCAUUUUCUUGCAUGCAAAUCGUACGUUCAUCUCCUUUGACCAGUUAUCAAGUUACCUUUGGAUAUAUUGACUUUAUACAGAAGUUCUUUCUAUAUCGAUUAUGACGAUCUCUUUCAAUUUUAUUGCUUUGUUCUCUGUAGCAGUUUUAUUAUACUUUUUGUUAUGUAAGCUUUUAAUUUUUACGUAUCCAAGCAUUCAUUGUCUGUUAAGUCGUAAUUUUCAUUGGUUGAGUAGUUAGAUAUGACAUUUUGUUCUAGAAUUUUAACUACAAAUGAAAAGUUGAAAGCCCUGCCCCACCAGAAGGCGAAUGUUCCAAGCGGGCAGGCUGGAUGGGAAUGGGCCGGAGAAGCAGGCUCGCUCCUCAUCCAAGACGCAGACUCUGCGCAUGUCUGCAGGCAGUACUUGACUAUCCAACCUGGCCACUCAGGCACAUGAGAGAAACUUCCAUCACAGCUUGGCCAGAACACUGACUGUUCCUCAGUCUAGCCCUAGCCAUCAGCAGCAGGGCUGGACCUCACCUGAUCGAUGGGGUGGUCCCAACUUGUUCUUGGCAACAGCUGGCCAUCCUUUGGACUCCUGGGAGCCUUGGCCAUGUCUGGCGUGGAUUCAGUGCCUGAGUAGCAGAUCCACCCAAGAGACAUCUCCUCCAACACAAGAAGACUCACCUGACGAUGUCACGUGAAUCGCAUCCUCCUCUUAGGAAGUGACUCUGGAAUAAGAAAGAAGUCAGUUUGGUGGCUUCUACUUUUGGUAACGAGGGGGAAAUUCACCCGCGUGUUCUGAUGUCACCUGCAGCCACACCUGAGAGGAGCAACAGAGCAAAGUCUCAGAGAGAAACCGUGCCCCUCUGGUGGCCUGCAUGUUUCCGUGAUCAAAGUUGGCCACACGGGCCUGGGCUGUGACUUACAGCAGGUGCGCCCAGAAGGGGCAACAAAACAAGGGUUUGGAGGGCAAUGAUGCCCUUCUGAUGGCCCGUGUGGCAUAGAAAUAAAAGCUGGUCAUUCUGAGGCUGGGCUGUUACUUCUAGCAGCCUCCCUAGGAGGAAUAACAGCAAGGGCUGGCCAGCAGCCUGGCCCCUCCUGCAGAGCCCACAGGGAGAAGCCAGCCACACGAGCUGUGGCUUCCCAGCAGCUGUGCCCAGGAUCAGAGGCAGCAGGAGGGGCACUAGAGGGCCUGGAGAGGAAGUGUGCCCUUCUGAUGGGCCCACCAAAGCUGAGGCGGAACUUCCCAUCCUGGGAAGCAGGGUCCCACAGUGACCCCUGUGACCUUAGCCAGAAGGUACUCUGGAAUGGCCGCCAGGCCACACCAGUGGCUGUCUGCGACAUCUCCAUCCUGAGCCCCAGGCUGGAGAUCCGCCGACAGCACUUGUUACAUAGCAAUUCCUUUUGCUCUGUGGGCUUCAGUUCUCGCAGUAGUCGUGAAUCUGUGUCUGAGAUCGCUACUUCCUUCUCUCAGCAGUUUUUCUCUUUUCAAGCUGUUAUGACGUGUUUGAUACAAGUGUCCUUUGGUAAGGAAUGGUGAUGUCAUGGGGUGGGGGGACAAUCUGGCACCUGUACCUGCAAGUACUCCGCCAUUUCUUGCCCAUUCACUAGGCAUUUGUCGGGUUUCUUGAAGGAUCCAGAUGCAGUACUAACUCGGAAUUUAGCAUCAUCAACACUGCCUUGUUUCCCCAGCUGGGACACGACGUCCUGCCAUCCCGUCAUGCCCUCCUUUACUUUUUUCCAUUCCUGGUUCUCUAAUUUCCUCUCAAAGAAACCCUUUUCCUGAGUUAACACUAAAUACCGCAUCUUUUCCAUCGCUGUGUUUGCUCCAAACAAUCAAUUUGUGGCUUUCACAUAGGUCCUGUAGUUGCCCCGAGUUCCGUUUUUGCCUCUGGCAACUAGGGGGUGGGUUUCCUAGGAUUCUCUAGGUAUACUACUACGUCAGAUGCAAAAUGUGAUCCAGCUUUCUGUCGUGUGUGCUUGUCUAUGCAUUUGUGUAUCUACCUCAUUUCACUUUUCUUUCUAAUCACACAGACCUUUUGCAAGGGAAACGAAGAGCAGUUGGGUUACAUAGAAUGUUAGUUCUCAUUAGAAAUCGAUCCUUUUCGUAUAUUCUGAAAGAAAGCCUCCAUUGCUUUUAUUAAAGUUUUGAAUACUUGCUGAAAUUUUCCCAAAAAUGCGAUUGCUUACGAUUUUUGCUGCUUGAGAUUAGCUGUGUUGAUUAGUUGUGUCAGACCCACUCUUAGAUUUCCACAGUGAGCCCACCCGAUCACAGUGGGCAUCCUGUUCAUGUGGUAUUGCAUUCCCAGUGCCCCUGGCUUGGGCCCUGUUGUGUGCCAUGUGACUCCCACCCCUCUUCUAGGCCACAUUCAUUCAACCACAACUAACCACGUGACUCAUGGGCAGCAACUGGUCAUCAGAGCUGGCUGGAGAUGAUAGGCCAGGCCUUUCAGGUUCUGCAAACAAGGAAGUGAGAAGUUUCUAGUUGGUGUUGGAAUAGAGAGGGAGCACUCCGCAUUUAGAGGAGUUGGGCAGCACUGGCUUGAAGAUCUAUGGGUUCCUGCUAGGUGCCGCAGAGAUGCUUCAAUCCCAGCACCCUGGGGAAAGCCUGGUCUCAUGUUCUUGGAUUUCUGAGGACUGCCCUCCACUAUAGACUUCCCUGACCAAACCAGCUUGAGUGGGUCUCUGCUUUUUGCAAUCUGUCAAGAGCCAAUGUAUCAUUUGGCUGCUUCCUGAGAAGCAUCACGUGACUGGCUUUCCUUAUGUUCACAUGGUCCGAGUUCCUGACCCAAGUCCCCCCCUGACUAUAGUAAACACCCAUUUAAAUGUGGUACCGUUUUCUCUUUGCUAAGAUGGGUUAAAAAAAUCUAUGCCUUCUAGUAUCAGUGCAUUUGACCAAUGCUUUUCUGUCUGAUUAUCAUUAUUGUACUGACCCCAAGUUUGCCCCAUCCACCAUGUUCCUGCUUUUGGAAGUGUUUCCCUACUUCCAGCAAAUCCAUCAGACAAAGAAUCGAUAACUUCUCUGUUACUCUGUAUAUUUACAUUCUGUAAUUGUCAUUGCAUCAGUUUGGGUGUUUACUUUCAAAAGUAGAAAUGGUCUCUUUAAACUGGGCCUUCAGCAGUAUUUGCAUAUCUAAGAACAGUAGCUAUGUCCCACCCCAGUUCGUAUUUUGGUUGUUGGCACUCUUUUCUCCUUCCUCCCAAUCUCCAUAACUUGUCUGUUUUAUGGCACUUGACUAUAAUCAGCCUUGCACUAGAGCUUCGCCCUCCCGCCUCCCCCACCCGUUAGAUUGUGCGCUCUUAGAAGACAGGGGUGGUCUUUCAUGUCUUAUUCCCCUACCAGACCUAGCACAGUGCCUUGCAUCAAGUAGAUUUCAAUAAAUAUAUGUUAAAUGGC